AUGUCAAGAGUUGUUCGUCUCGUUUGUUCAAAGAUGGCACGUCUUUCCUUCUUUCUCUUUCUUUCAUUCAUUCAUUCUUUCUUUUGUUCUUUCUCUCAUUUCAUUCUUUCCAUCUUACUUUUAUUCAGUCAUUCUUUAUCUCACAUUUUCUUUUUUUCUUUCUUCAUUUCAUUCUUUCCUUCUUUCUUUCCUUCUUUCUUUAAUCCAUUCUUUAUUUCCCUUUCUUUCUUACUUUCUUACUUUCUUUCUUUCUUUUUCUUUCUGCCUGCAUUUCAUUAUUUUAUUCUUUCGUUCUUCCAUUUUUUCUUUCUUUACUGCGUUCAUUCUAUCUUUCUCUCUCUUGAUAUGUGCAGUCAGAAACGAUUACUAGAAAUAUCCAGAUAUGCUUUUUCAAAAUUCCUCCUGUCCAACUCUUUCUUCUUCUUCUUCUUCUUCUUCUUCUUCUUCUUCUUCUUCUUCUUCUUUUCCUUCCCUUCUCCUCCUCCUCCUCCCCUCUCCUUCUUCUUCUUUUACUUCCGUUUCUUCUUCUCUUCUCUCUUCUCUCCCCUCCCCUUCUUUUUCUCCUCCUCCUCUUCUUCUUCUUCUUUUUCCUUCUCCUCCUCCCCCUUUCUUCUUCUUCUUUUUACUUCCGUUUCUUCUUCUCUUCUCCUCCCCUCCUUCUUCUUCUCCCCUCUUCUUCUUCUUCCGUUUCUUCUUCUCUUUUCCUUCUCCUCCCCUCCCUUCUUCUUCUUCUCCUCCUCCUCCUCUUCUUCUUCUUCCGUUUCUUCUUCUCUUUCCUUCUCCUCCUCCCCUUUUCUUCUUCUUUUUUACUUCCGUUUCUUCUUCUUUUUUCCUUCUCCUCCCCUCCUUCUUCUUCUCCCCCUCUUCUUCUUCUUCCGUUUCUUCUUCUCUUUUCCUUCUCCUCCCCUCCCCUUCUUCUUCUUCUCCUCCUCCUCCUCCUUCUUAUCUUCUUCCGUUUCUUCUUCUCUUUUCCUUCUCCUCCUCCUCCUCCUUCUCCCCUCUUCUUCUUUUUUUACUUCCGUUUCUGCUUCUUUUUCCUUCUCCUCCUCCCCUUCUUCUUCUCCUCCUCCUCUUCUUCUUCUUUUACUUCCGUUUAUUCUUCUCUUUUCCUUCUCCUCCCCCUCCGCUUCUUCUUCUCCUCCUCCUCCUCCUCUUCUUCUUCUUCUUCUUCUAUCACUAGUUCAAAAUAUCUCACCUUUCCUCUUCAUAUCUAUCUAUCUAUCUAUCUAUCUAUAA